GUUUGGAAGUUUCUGCUUUUCUGUGUACCAGAGCCUGCUUCUCGAUUUAACAGAUUUUGUUUGAUUGCCGCCUGCCUAUGACCGUCUUCAAUUAUACACUUUGCUUGAUCGCUGCCUGCCCUGACUUCCUGACUACGUCUUUUCCCUCGGUGCUUUCAUCAGUAUCUCUGAAAAUCUGCGACUGACCCAGGGACUGCUCUGGAAUGGUACCUGGGAACUACCCUAAGGCCCCAAGCCUAUCCUCACCAUCAGACACUCUAGUGAAGACCAGGGAUUGCUGAGAAAUGAAUGAGACCAAUACUGAAACAUGGAAAAUUGGGGACAAAAGUCGAGGCACAAGGGUCAAAUAUAAUGAUCUCCGUAAUAAUGCCGUGCCCAUGAAAGAGAAGCGUAGGUUAAGGGAAGUAAGGCAAUCUGAAGGCUAUAAUCCUAGUUUUUGGACUCACAAACACUACUCCUGUGUGUUGCCAUAUUGGAACAAGGGAGAGCAAGUCAUCUCGAUCUUCAAAUUGUGGGGGAAAACACUCAUUGCUAUCAGAGCCAAGUUUGGCUCAAGUAUCAGCUCCUAUUUCUUGUUCCUUCGAUUCCUGAUGCUCUUGAACUUGGCUUCCCUCAUCCUGACCACUGGUUUCAUCAUUGUUCCCACCAUACUUCUCAGUAAGACAGAACACAACCACAGCUAUCUAGCACCAUGUGGAAACUCAUCCGCCUUUCCAAACCGUACCUUGCCAGGCCAUCUACUGGAUUUAUUCACAGGAGAAGGCUUUAUGCAGGACACCUUUCUUUUCUAUGGUCAUUAUGGUGGUGUGGUGGAGUUCGAUGACGCAUUUAGUGUCCGCUUGUCGUACCUGCUGACUCCCUUUGUCUUCUUAUUAAUCUGUAGCCUGCUUCUCUUACAACGUACUGUGAAAGGAAUAACACAAAGGCGAGUGCGGAGCAGGCAGUACAGGACCUCGAUCAGCAGCAAAGUCUUCUCUGGUUGGGAUUUUUGUGUGAGAGAAACAGGGACAUCGGUCCUUAAACAGAAGCGUUUCAGCAAUGAUAUCAAGUCGGACUUGGCUGAGGAACAUUGGUAUAUGUUAACGACUCAACAAUCUCUUGGUGUAAAAGUUCGCAUUGUUGCUUUGCGUGUUUUUCUCAAUUGCAUCAUCCUGGCUCUGAUGGCUGGAGGUUUCUAUUUUAUAUAUUUGGCUACUGGCGUAUCUCAAGGUUAUCAAGAGAGGUCAGACGAUCCGAUCCUCAACCUGAUGACUCAGUAUCUAGUGCCGGUUGUCAUCUCCUUGGUUCUUCUGAUCCUGCCAUAUUCAUUUAUGCUCCUGGUAAAAUUUGAAGGCCUAUCACCAAGUGCAGAGAUAACUUUAACUCUUGUCAGGUGUGUGUUCCUCAGACUCGGGACCUUAGGGAUAUUCUUAUUUUCUCUGGGUCAAACUAUCCUGUGUGUAGGAGGCACCAAAGCACCAUGUGAAAUUUGUGGCUACAAUAUGCAGUUCCAGUGCUGGGAGACAUCGGUGGGGCAGGAGUUUUACAAGUUGUCCAUGUUUCACUUUCUGGAACUGUUAGCAGAGUUCUUGUUCCUGAAAUUGCCUCGCAGUUUACUGUUCUCCCGAUACCAAUGUCGCUUGAUUCGAUGGUUUGGAAAAGAAAAAUUCAUCCUCUCUCAGAACGUGUUGGACAUGGUGUAUGGUCAGACCUUGGUGUGGGGGGGAAUGUUCUAUACCCCAUUACUGCCGCUGCUCAACCUUAUCUUCAUUUUCAUCACCUUCUAUAUUAAAAAGUUUUCUAUGUUCCACCUGUAUGAUGUCUCCGAAAGAUUAUUUCAAGAAUCGACCCUGAGAAUUAUGUUUAAUUUUGUCCUGUUCCUAGGCCUGAUGACAGUCUUUCUCCCCUUAACUUACCUGUUGACAAGUGCUCGCCCAUCUCGCUCUUGUGGCCUGUUCACUGACUACAAUACUCCAUGGGAAGCUGUGAAGAACAGGACUCACUCAGCACUGCCCCCUACAGCCCUGACAUAUUUGACUUCAGACAUUGGUGCUUACAUCCUGCUUUUAAUCCUAAGUCUUGUGCUCACCUGCUAUGUCUCCCGUGUCCGCCAGAAUGAACUAGACGUGGAACUGCUUAAGGAGCACUUGUCUAAUCAAAUAGAAGAUAAAGAAUUCCUGGUACGAAGACUGAGAAAAGAAGAAGACAUUCAGAGUCAUACGGUUGACCCUUAGUCCCAUACCCAACAGAUGUGACCUGAUGAAGAGUGACUGGAAACCCUUCUACGUAUGGUGAAAUAAUAGACUUUGUCACAGACUCAGCAGUAGAAGAUGCAUUUUCAAAGCUUUUCAUGCUACAUUCAGGGACGUAAAAAGUAAGCCUAGGAACCCAUAAUGAAAACUUGGAAUAGGCACCACUCUGCAUUAAUAACUGUGGAACUAACCACACAAUUAGGAGUUUAAGAAAUGGGAAAGUUAUGACUACCUUUUCUUGAGGGCCAGCAAGACCAACUACCCCUUAGAUGUGAGGGUCCAUUAAUAGGACGCGGAUGUGGGACCCCAUGUUUUUCACGGAUACCCUGGUGGUUACAUCUGAGAUUGCACUUUUGACCACUAUAAAGCUUUUCUGUCGCCAAACAAAGGCUCUCACACAAAAGAUAUUUAUACAUCUCCAGGGUCAGACUGGUCUACCUCUUGUGAUCUUGGGUUCUUACCUAAUAAAGAAGCCCAGCCUUUGGUAUUUAAUACUUUUUUUUGAUUAUUUCACAUUACCUAUUUGUCCUUAUGGAAACUAACAUAGCCAUGUUAAAAAAGUUCAUUGUUUAAAAAAUGCCAUGAAUUUCAUGCUUGUUGGGCGGCCUUAUUUUUUUGUUAAGACUUUUUUUUUAAAUGCCCUGAAAAAGGCCCUAGUGCUUGGCUGCAGCAGUCAUCUGUCAUCAAUAUGAUGUCAGCACUGCAGCUCAGGAGCACUGGAGUGGCGGCAAUUGAAUAAUUUUGUCAGUAGACCUCGCUUAAGAAUAAUGCUCAAGAGUUUCUCAUAUAUGAGCAAUAUGUAUAUGACUUGCCAUGCAUCCCCUUCUGUACAUUAGAGGGACAUUUUUCAAUUUUAAACUGUACUAAAUGUGUAAAAUAUAAUUUUUUAUAAACAAUAAACUUGAUAAAUGAUA